AUUGCUUCAUAUUUACUAAUAAAACUAUGAUUAAUUUGGAAGACAAAGUGGCAAAGUUGUGUUUAGAUAAAUAUGACUCUUUGAAAAAAACCGGUAAGCCUACAGAAACGGAAUGGACAGUUUUGUCAGGUGUAGUGUUGCAAAGUUCUUCACAAGAAUUGAAUGUUGUGAGUUUAUGUACUGGUACAAAAUGCCUCAGCGGUGCGGAAUUAAAAAAUACUAAAUAUAAGGAACAUGGUAACAGAUUAAGCGAUUCUCAUGCUGAAAUACUUGCAAGAAGAGCAUUUCUACGCUAUUUAUACAAUCAAAUUGAAUUAACUUUAGAUGAUAAAAACAGUGAUAUAUUUUUUAUAACGAAUGGCCGAAUAAAAUUAAAAGAUGUAUCUUUCCACUUUUUUUCAAGUCAGACUCCUUGUGGUGAUUGUUCUAUUAUUCCGAAACAGAAAGAACCAGCUGAUUUAGAGAUUUCACGUAAAAAGAUUAAGUUAGAAUAUAGUGAUUCAUUAGAUUUCAUAGUUGGAUUAGAAAUAAUCGAUAUUCAUAGAACUGGGGCUAAGUGUAUAAAGAAUGAUGAAAGACAGGAUCCUCAUAAAGAUGGAGUGCAUUAUCAUACAGUUGGUCCUUUGAGAACGAAACCAGGCAGAGGAGAUAGAACUUUGAGUUUAUCGUGUUCUGACAAAAUUGCAAAAUGGAAUUUACUGGGAGUACAAGGAGCACUUUUAUCUUUGAUGAUCCCAUCAAUAAAAUUUGAAAGCAUAGUUAUUGGUGGAGAUUGUCCAUACUUGCUCGAAUCUAUGCAGCGUGGAUUAUGUAAAAGAUUCUCACCUGAUCAAACAGCUCCAAUAAUCAAGCAGUCAAAACUAGCUUUUGCACACAAAAAAGGAAAGUUGAGAAUCAGACCGUGCCCUUCAAGUAUUGUCUGGUGUGCAGUCUCGGAGCAGCCAAUCGAAAUAGCGGUAGAUGGCUACAAGCAAGGAGCAACAAAGAAAAAAAAAAAAAACUGCAGUCUUUUAGCAAGCAGAAAGGAAAUUUUUAAAACAUUCCUAAGGGUUUACAACAAAUAUAUUUAUGAUAAGAAAAUUCCACAGCAUCCAAAAAAAGCAAUGUAUCAUCACUACAAGCAGUAUUCUACAACUUAUCAAAAUUUAUGGAAAGAUGUACGAACAAAAAUAAUUCCAACUUGGCCUGUAAAGCCUUUAUAUUUACAAGAAUGCAUAUCUUUUUUAUAAAAAUAUUUAUCCAAGAGCUUUUUGCCGCAAGAUUUAUAUUUAUCUUUAUAAA